CGCACGGAGAGGCGGGCACCUCGAGAAGGAAGGAAGGAAGCGUGGGGCCGGGUGCCCUCCCUCCUCCCCUCCCUCCCCUCCCUCGUGGGCUUCUCAGGGGCUGCGGGCAGAGACAAAAGGCCUCAGCGGAGGAGAGGAAGGGAAGGAAGAAAAGAAAGGGAGAGUGGGAGGGAAGGAAAGGGAGAGAAAAGGAAAGAAAGGGAAAGGGAAGGAAGGAGGCCUCCCCGCCUGUGUCUGUGGAUGAUGCGGGUCCGUGGCAGCGUGUGGGCGGCCUUGGGGUGAGGCUGCCCGGCCAGGGAGGGAAAGAGGGAGGAAGGAAGCAAGGCAGGCAGGCCGGCCGGCCGGCGGGGCCAUGGGCAGGUGCAGUGGGCGCGCCACGCUGGUGGGAUUCUGCGCCUUGCAGCUGGUCGCAGCCCUGGAGAGGCAGAUUUUUGACUUCCUGGGCUAUCAGUGGGCUCCGAUCCUCGCUAAUUUCCUUCACAUCCUGGCUGUGAUCCUGGGCAUCUUUGGCACCGUUCAGUACAGGUCCAAGCACCUCAUAUUGUAUGCCGUCUGGCUCAUCCUAUGGGUUGGAUGGAAUGCAUUCGUCAUCUGCUUUUACCUGGAAGUGGGGCACCUUUCGCAGGACCAAGACUUCCUCAUGACUUUCAACACUUCGCUGCACCGUUCGUGGUGGAUGGAGAACGGUCCUGGUUGCCUGGUGACCCCGGUGACCAACUCCAAGCUAGCCCUUGAGGAUCACCACGUCAUCACCGUCAGCGGAUGUUUGCUUGAUUAUCAAUACAUAGAGGUGGUGAGCAGUGCCAUGCAGAUAUUCCUUGCGGUAGGUGGUCCCCGCAGCCGUCUCCAGCUGAGCCUUCCUCCACGCGGGUCCUUUAGAAAUCAGCUGGGAUUCCGAAGCUCUUUGGAUUUGUGUGUGCCUGCUACGUCAGCAAGGUGUUCAUGGAAGAAGAAGACAGCUUUGAUUUCAUUGGAGGAUUUGACUCCUAUGGCUACCAGGCACCUCAAAAGAUGUCACACCUGCAGCUCCAGCCUUUAUAUACCUCUGGAUAACUGUUUCCUUACCUACAGUGAACUGUCCCUUGGGUAAAUUUGCAAAACGGCAAGCCAGUGCAGUGCACCACGUGUCAUGACACCAUGAAAAAUAAAAAUAGCAAGGAAAGAUAUUUGCAGUGGCCUACAGAAAAUGGACAACUCCUUGCCUUCUCACGCUUCCUUAGCUUCUGUAUUUGGAGAGACACAACAGUUUUCAAACAGAGCAGAGAUUAAAUUGGGUUGUUGUGUGUUAUUCGGGCUGUAUGGCCAUGUUCCAGAAGUAUUCUCUCCUGACGUUUCUCCCACAUCUAUGGCAGGCAUCCUCAGACAUUGUGAGAGAUUAAAUUGUUGCUAUUCCAAGACCAAUGAACCAAAAGGUCAACACCCCACCUGCUGGUCAGUGUUUGUAGUGCUGCUGGUAUCAGCCCAGUGGAUCAUGAACCUUGAAAUAAGGCAAAUAAUACUGUGUUUCAGAGAAAUAAGGAGAAACCCUUUCCGAAGAAGACCCAUGUCGUCUAUUUUCUAUUCUGCUUGUUCCAAAUCACUGCCUACUAUCUCAUGUGUUUCUGAGCAAAAGGCAUUGCAACUCCGUCAUACAUCGCAACACCCAACUACAAUCACAUCAAGGGAAUACUUUGUUGGGUGACACAUUCAUUUCUUUAUGGCUCACAGAUCAGAGAAGGAGAAAAGGGUAUCAAAUUCAUAGAAAGAGCAAAGAUAUAUCCCUGGUACUAACUACUGGAUAAGGUUCUGUCAACAUGCAGACCCCAGCAGGGAAAGAAAAGUACCAUAACUUUAAAUAUUAGUUGAAAAUGAACCACACAAGUAUCAGGAAACAAUUGUGUCUUAAACAUGAAGAAAGAAUUUCACAUGUAUGUGUUUUGAAAAGUAUGUGGAUUUUGCUGCAAUUUUUUUCCAUCUCAAAAAGGUCCCCAGUGCAGGCUGAUAAUGUGAUUUGAUGCUUCCCAGAACAUAUUUUGGCUGGAAAAUAUUUUGUUUACUGUGAUACAUUCCUCAUCAGAGGGGUUUGUGUAUUCAUUUACUAACCGCUGCUUUUGGGUUUCCUUUUGAAAGUGGGCACACCCCUUCCCCUUGAUUCAAAAUGUCAACCUUUCUAACAUGCCAUUGCAGACCACUGCAGAGUGGAUUGGAGAUUUUCCACUUCCAGGAUGUCGCUCCCACACAACACUUAGUCUUCCAUAAAUCUUGCUGUCACCCAGACAUUUUCAAUACUUGCACAAUGACAUCUUUGGGGAAAGUCUCAUUUUGGGGUACGUUUUCCCUACGGUGGCAACUUCCGACCAUCAGCAGUGAUAACAUAGCAUCACAGUGAUGCGCUGCUUUUUGUAGCCAGUGGUUAUGAUGUUGACUUUUUAAGCACCUUUUGCAUUGACAGUGUAUUUACGAAAUGCAGCCUGAUCUUAGAUACCAGAAUCCCCCUAAGUAAUGCCUGCCACAUGGACUGGGCUAUAGUUCCCAUCAUCCCCAGCCAGAAUGGUGAUAGCAAUGAGAAUGGUUAUGGGGAAUUGUCUAGUAUAUCUACAGGACAUGAAGUUGGGAGAGGAUGUUCUACAUGUUUGCUUGUCCCAGUUAUUUCAAAGGGAUAUAUUCCCAGGUCAGCAGGAGCCCAAAUGCAGCCUGCUGGUUGAUUUAUUUGGAAUUUAGUUAUUUUUAAUAUUAAGAGUGAAAAAUGAAUGAAAAAAAUCAAUCUAGUGUUACUGGUAUUUUAAAGUUAUUAUGUGCUCCAUCUCCUUUUCUUAAACAUGUGUAAAGUGCGUGUCUACUGAAGGGAGGCCCCUGGAUGGCCACAAUUACAGGUUUGAUAGAAGCAUUGAUUUUUCUCUUGCACUCCGGCCUCCUUCCUUGUCUUUGAAAACUUCACAAAUUCAGGCACUGGUGCUUGGAAAUGUCUUUUUAAAACUUGGGUUGGUUUUAAAUAAAAUUGCAUUUGUAAUGUCAAUUUUCCCCCCUUGUUGUAUAACACUAAAAGUAAGAUAUGUUUAAUAAUAGCUGUUUUAAAUUUGUGACUUUUUCUGAUUUUGUGCACUGAAAAUGAUUAAAAUGAAUUGUGUUUUUGUACUUCC